AUGGACUGGGAGCACAGAGAGUUCAAGGACAGCCUCCACGAUCGUGUCAGAGCAGACAUAGGUCUCGCCCCCCCCAAGCUGCACAAGAAAACUGACAAUGUGACAGGAGCAAUGAAACUGUAUGUGGCCAAUGAAGAUAAAGAGAGUUUCCAGGAGUUUUCCGCAUGCCAGAAGCUGGGCAGGAAGGGACGCUGUCUCAAGGUGGAAUGGAAUAAUGCCAGCCAUGAGUUUGAGCUUUUACUCAGCUCUGUCGCCCCCUGUCUGUGCUUCGAGAUUUGGGGAAACUUUCCUCGAACCGAGUAUUGUCCAUUUUUGAACGAAACAGCUGUCUCAGGCUCCAGCGUGUCCGUGUCUUUGGCAGAGACUGAAGCUCAUCACAAGGCUCUGGUCUGGAGUCUCAGCGCCCCCUGCAGGCUGGAGGCUCAGCUGUGGUUGUGUAGGAAGGGCUCAGGACUGGACAGCAGCUGCCAUGCGGUCAGCAGCAGAUCUCAGGUCCACACCCGGCUGAAUGACAGCUGGAUAGAGACCCAGCACAGACACUGGCAGUUAAAAGGAGAGUUUGUACAAGUGGAGCGCCAUCCUUCAUUGUGUGUGCAGGUUAAAGUGGCAGGAGUGGAUGGUUUCCUGGGACCAGUAUGUCCUUUUGAAGUGUCGAGGGAUCGCUGGAGCGUGCCGCUGGUGCUGUGUGCGCUGCUCGUGAGUCUGUCGGUGCUGGCAGCCUAUGCAGUGCAGGGCACACUGAAGAGCUGCGUGUUCAGAUGGCUGAAGGUGGACGAUGUGAAGCCUGCGGUGGGGGGUGUGGAGGUGCUGCUGGUGUGUCCUCUCGAUGCGGACUGCACCGUCACUGAGCCGGUGUGCCGUCUGUGCUCCAGUCUCUCCGCCGUGGGCUUCAGCGUCUCUCUGGACCUGUGGAGCUGCUCGGAGAUCAGCGCCCUGGGGCCCGUGCCCUGGCUGCACUCCUGUCUGGACCGGGUUCAGCGGCGCGGGGGCAAGGCGGUGCUGGUCCUGACCCAGGCGGCCUGCGAGCGGGCCGAGGAAUGGGGCUGUCGAGUUGCCAAGCAGAAACCACAAGAAGAAAGACAGACGUGGGUAAACAGGGGUGUCCAGUCCCUGACGUGCUCCGAGGUCUUCGACGCAUCGCUGAGCUGCAUUCUGAAGUAUCUGCUGGGUCGAGCCGGAGAGCGGUUCAUGCUGGUCUGGUUUGAUGGGCAGAGCCCUGCGACGGCCCUGCCGGAGUUCUUCAGGGAGCUGCCUCUGUUCAGCCUGCCUUCUCAGAGUCUGGACUUCAUAAUGGAGCUCACGCAGGGGCCUCGUAAGGGACAAAGAGUAUCAGAGCGGGUGGGUGCGAGGGGGCGCGCGUUGAGAGCAGUAUCAGGGGCGCUCCAAGGGCUCGCGGGAGCUACAGGACACAUGCGUGCAAGGCUCCCUCGGGACUCUGUAGAGCCUGAGACGGAGGAAGCCUGGGAAACUGUCCGGCUACAGGCAGACUAGUCGAACCCUGCUGUCCACACAAAAACAGACACUGCAGGGUGGGUCUAAACUAGUCUCAGCCAGACCUUUGACUAAGCGGCAUGAGGUCUGGUCCUUGCUGGACCUUAUUCUGGACAGAAACAAGGCUCUUACAGGAACAGUUCACGCAAAACAGCUGAUAAAAACAUCACAAUAAUCCACAAGUAAUCCACAGCAC